AUGGUCUCCAUGAUCGUCGCUGGCGCCACUGGCGCCAUCGGCCGCACCGUCGUGCAGUAUGCCAUUCAGCAGCCGUCGAUCGACCGCGUUGUAGCGCUGACGCGGUUCAGAAACACUGCUGUGUCGAACUACGAAAAUCUCUUCGGUAUUAUCGUCGCAGGUGAGGCAGGCAACACCGACAGCCGCGGCGAUGGCGCCAACAGCAAGAGGAAAAAGGGUAGCGGGUCUCCCGCUGGCACCGUGACAGCCACGCCCGCGGAGGCUGCCAAGAUCAGGCCUAUUACCAUGGACUGGGAAGAGUUCACGCAGCUGUGGGUGGCGAAGCGCAGCAGCACCAGCGCUGCCGCUAGCGGGGCUGAUAACUGUGCCGCGGGUGCUGCGGCCACUGCCAUCACAGAUCCCACAGAGAGGUACAGGGGCAUCUUUGGUGGUCACACCUACGCCGCCAUGUGUCUCGGCACCACCCGCAAGGACGCUGGGAGCGCCAAGAGCUUCACACGGUGCGACUAUGACUACGUGAUGGCCUUCACGGAGGCGGUGCUGGCGUACUCGGCGCCGGCUGGCCUGUCACCAGCCAAGGCCUUUGUGCACCAUAUCGGUGACGGGGGGGCCUCGAAGCAAGUGCACGUGCAGGAAGGCAUGGGCAAGGAGGUCGACGUGCUCGCCGCCAUGAACGCCAACGCGGCCCAGUCGUCGGGCACACUUCGCGUCUUCUGCCAGGUCAGCUCCAGCAACGCCAGCAGCAGCUCAUGGUUCCUUUACAUGCAGACAAAGGGCAUUGCGGAUGAAUCCACGGUGGAGCGGGUGCACCGGCACAACAAGUGCGCCACCGCUGCCGCGGCGCUGUCACCGGUGAACCUUCUCUUGCUUCAGCCGGGGCUGCUGGAGCGUCAUGGCAAGACCCGAGCCACCGAAAAGUUUGCCAAGCUCAUCAUGUCGUCUAUCCCAGUCGAGACCUGCGGUGCCGCCAUCGUGUCGGCAUGCAAGAGCUUGCCGAUCCAGCACAGCGUGCAACGCGCAGAGACGACCUCUGCAGCCGAGCAGGCGAAGCACGACGAGGUGGAAGGGGCGCAGGUGGAGAAGGAAAACAAUACUGUGGCGGCUGGCGUAAGAAAGACGCCACUGGGCAAGCCAUAUGUGGCGACCAAGGCCCUGUGCAAGGCUGGCAUGCCGCCCAACGAGCCGCUGCCGUACAUUUACGCGGCGAACAACGCGGUGAUCACAGAUUUGGCAUCCCGGCUGACGGCCUAA